AUGAUCUCUUUGCUUGGCUAUGUCAUCAAUAAGGAAGGAGUUCUCAUGGGCCAAGACAAGGUCACCGCUGUAACUAACUGGCCAAUCCCCACCACAGUUAAGGAGCAACAGAGAUUCUUGGAGUUCACCAAUUUUUACCUCCACAGCCGCCUCACUACCUUCCAUCUCAUACCGGCUACAGUGAAUCAGACUGAGGCUCGGGCAGCUUGCAGAGAAAAUUACAUCGACCUCGUCACUCUUUACUCUGAUGAAGACAACACUGAACUGGAUAAUAGCAGUUACGGCUGGAUCGGUCUCUAUCGCGGUCAGUUCAGUGAGAAAUGGUCUAAUGGUGAUCCUGUAACAUUCAGAAAUCUGACAGGGGAUUGUGGGACAUCGAGCUGCUGUGCUGCUAUGAAACCUGAUGGUUCAUGGGAAAGUGCUCAGUGCACAGGGACGAGAUAUUUCAUGUGCUAUGAACAAGCUGCUUCUUCUCAGACUCCUAAUUAUCAUCUAAUCCGUGAGAAUAAGACCUGGUAUGAAGCUCAGCGUUACUGCAGGGGGAACUACACUGACCUGGUCAGCAUCAGAGAUCAGCAGCAAAAUGAAGAGGUGAAGAUUAAAGGGUUAAACAGCAGCACGUCCUUCUGGAUCGGCCUGCUGCGUGAUGACUGGCAGUGGACUGAUGGAGGAAACUCCACCUACAGAAACUGGGCGAGUGGUCAUCCUUUAUCAUCACCAUACAACUGUGUACGAGCGUGGCUAGGGAAAUGGAUUUCAGAGCCGUGCAGUAGUAAUUACCCCCCUCUGUGCUACGGUAAGUGGCGACUUCUGAGUGGACCUCUGAGUGAAACAUGCCACUGAAAUGUUUAUAAAACGGGAAGAUCCUGCCUGACUUGCAAAAACAAGGAGGAACCAUGACGGCACCCUAAGCACUUGCUCUAAGGAGAACUGAUCGAUUUAAACUGUUACUUUAAGUGAAAUGACCGUCUAAAUAUUACAACUUGCACAACUGUGUUGGCUAUUAUUCCUUCAGAAAACGUUUGGUUUACCAAAUGGCGUCUUCUGACUGGAAAAGAG